GCGGUUGAAUUCUCCACUUUGAAUGACAGCGCAGGACUUUCCAGAUGGCUGGUAACACUCUCUCUAUGGCCCUGGACGAGGCUGCCCGUCGCCUCUUUUUGCAGCUGGCGGCUCAUUUGCGCCGCUGGGGCCGUGACGAUUCCGCUGACGCGCCACCAGCCGCACCGCCCAGGAGACAGAAGAGGAGAGCGACGGCGCGGGGCUGGACACCGGACUCUUUCUUCUCCUCCUUCCUGUUCUAACGCGGACGAACGAGCGGCUUUUUUGUCCACCUGCAAGUCGAUAUUUGCGCAGCGAUCGAAGCGGCAGCAUCACCACAUCUCCUCCCCGACUCCCCCAGCAGCGAUGGAGGUACCAGGCUUGGCGCACAAUAUCACCAGCCCGUUAAGUCCCUGCGAGGGGAUGAUCAAGGACCUGAGUCUGGAUUCCAUACAGUUAUGCGAAAGAGACGAUAGCAAAUCCCAGGAUGGCAGCAUGGAAGAACUCCCUGUUCCUCAGAACAUCAAAAUCAGCAACAUCACUUGCGACUCCUUUAAGAUCUGCUGGGAUAUGGAGGCGCGCAGCAAGGAACGCAUCACACACUACUUCAUUGACCUGAAUAAGAAGGAGAACAAGAACUCCAACAAGUUCAAACACAAGGACGUUCCCACCAAGCUCGUGGCCAAGGCGGUGCCCCUGCCCAUGACUGUCCGGGGCCACUGGUUCCUGAGCCCCCGCACAGAGUACACUGUGGCCGUCCAGACUGCGUCCAAACAGACCGACGGGGACUACACCGUCUCCGAGUGGAGCGAGAUCAUUGAGUUCUGCACUGCCGAUUACUCUACGGUUCAUCUAAACCAGCUGCUGGAGAAGGCCGAAGUCAUUGCCGGGCGAAUGCUGCGGUUCUCUGUUUUCUACAGGAACCAGCAUAAAGAGUACUUCGAUCAUGCCAGGGAAUCGCAGGACAACCGGAUGAUGCCGUCGGUGAAAGACAACAGCGGCAGUCACGGCUCGCCCAUCAGCGGCAAGCUGGAGGGAAUCUUCUUCAGCUGCAACACAGAGUUCAACACCGGCAAGCCGCCGCAGGACUCGCCCUACGGCCGCCUUCGCUUUGAGGUGCAGGCCGACGCGCUCUUCAACCCCGACACCAACCUGUACUUCGGAGACUUCUACUGCAUGUACACGGCCUACCAUUAUGUCAUCCUGGUCUUGGCACCGAAGGGCUCCAGGGGCGACGACUUCUGCAAGCAGAGGCUGCCCGCCCUCGACAUCGGCAACAACCGCUUCCUGACCUGCAAGCAGGACGAAGACGGCGGCCUGGUGUUUCACCACGCCCAAGACGUCAUCUUGGAGGUGAUCUACACGGAUCCCGUGGACCUGGCUCUGGGCACAGUAGCAGAGAUCAGCGGGCACCAGCUCAUGAGUCUGUCCACGGUGAACGCUAAGAAGGACCCCAGCUGCAAGACGUGCAACAUCAGCGUGGGACGCUAAAAUACAAAAAUAGGGAGCCCAAAGUCCAGGAGGGGGAGAGAGGGACUUGAUUUUUUUUUUUUUGACUGACCCCAUCAACACAAACGGAAGGAAGGCCACAAGGGCCGACGAAGCAGGCGAACACGUGCAUGAAGCAGCAGAUUUAUAAGUCUCAUUGCUCCCCGUCCCUAAAGAAAACCGUCAUUCCCAAAGAUCUAAGAAAAAGAAACACCCUUGAAUAAUCAUCAUCAUCCAAUAAAGGUAAAAACACCAUCA